AUGGCGGAGCCGGCGUUUCGAGGCACGCUGCUUUUGCUGCAGAACUGCACCCGCCGUGACCCGGAGGCGUACCGCGACGAGUUUAUCUCGCAGCUCGACCACUUCAAGGCCCUCAGCCAAACCAUCAUGACGCAGAAGACGCCCAACCCGCAGUACGUCGCGGUGCUGAACUACGUGUGCCACGUGGGCCACUGCUACCCCGCAGAGUGCGCGGAGGUGGCGGAGGUGGUGCUGCGGCUGCUGCGGGAGUACAAGGGGGCCGCCAUGGCGCCCGAGUUGCGGCUGGCCCUCGUCAAGUCCCUCGCACUCCUGCGAUCUAAAAACAUCGUCUCCGCUGAGCACUCGUUUCCGCUGUUUUUCCAGCUUCUGCAAGAGCGUGAGAAGAACCUCCGCCGGCUCAUCCUCUCCCACAUUGUGAGCGACGUACGCAAGGUGAAUAUGCCUGGCGCCAAGAACGGGGCCCAGGUGAACAAGAUGGCGCAAAACUUUCUCUUUUCCGUCAUGGCGGAAGAUGACCCGGUGCAGGCGCGCUGCGCAGAGAUGGUGAUGAUCGACUUGUACCGCCGCCGGGUCUGGGCAAACGAGCGGACGGUGGAGGUGCUGACGCAAGCCUGUUUCACGCGGCACACUCCCAUCCUUCGCACCGCCCUUCGCUUCUUCCUGCUGCAGAUGCCGAAGAUCACUUCCCUCGACGACGCCGGCGAUGAGAGCGACGGUGAGGCGGCGGACCCCGGGCGUGAGAUCUCCCGCAUGAAGCAGAAACUGAAGAUUGUCAAGAAGACGGGCAAGCGAGAGCGCAUUCUCAAGCGAGACGUGAACACGAUAAAGCGGAAGUACAACAAGGAGGAGAAGGCGGAGGAGGUGCUGGCAAAGCAACACGUAGACCCCAUACGACUUCUUCGCAAUCCACACCAGUUUGUGGAACGUCUGCUUGCACGCCUGCAAAAGACCACGGAGCGCUUUGAGGUUCGAAUUCUCUACCUGAACGUUAUUGCCCGCGUCAUCUCGGAGCAUGAGGUGGUGCAUCUCCCACUCUACGGUUUUCUUGAGCGUUACAUGGAGCCUUCGCAGCUGCACGUCACCCAGCUUUUGGCGCUCUCCGUCACCUGCGUCCACCGCCUGGUGCCGCCCGACGCCCUUGAGCCGCUUGUGAAGGCCAUUGCCAAUCAUUUUGUCUCGGAUCGCUCCUCGCCCGAUGCGAUCACCAUCGGUCUCAACACCAUUCGUGAGAUCUGUAAGCGACAGCCGUUAGCGAUGAAUGAGGACCUGCUGAAGGACUUGACGGAGUACAAGUCACAGCGGGGCGACCGCGGCGUCAUGAUGGCGGCACGUGCACUCAUUCAACUUUAUCGUGACGUGUACCCCGCGCUGUUACCCGCGAAGCUGCGUGGUGGCCGCGGGGCCGCGGCAACGGAGGAGCAUCAAAGACCGGUGUACGGCAAGGAGCCCGUUUACACCGACGUCCCCGGGCUUGAGCUGCUCUACUCCGCCAUGGAGGAGGAGGAGGAGGAUGAGCACUCCGCGUGCUGCAGCUCUGACGACAGCGACGACAGCAGCGGCACGUGGAUGACGGACAGCAGCGACUGUGACCCGGACGACGUGGAGGGAAGCUUCGUCGAUGCCUCGGACUGCGAUGACAGCGACGCCGGAGACGAGGCUUGCCCACAACUUGUGCUGCUGGAGGAAGCGGCGGCGGAGCCGCCUUUGAAGCCCUCCAGGGCCGAGGAAGACGCGACGAGCGACGUCUUGAGCCUUGGCAGUGCGGAGGAGGCGGGCCAGCGACGCCGCAGCCCGUGUCUGGGCCCCACGGUGUCACUUGACCAUGCCCCUCGCAAGCGGUGUCGUGCGGAGAGGGAUGCCGCGGACACGGAGGAGGCGGAGGAGGAAGAAGGCGAGGAAGAGGAGACAGAGGAAGAGGAGGUGGAGGAGGGCGAGGAGGAAGAGGAGGAGGAGGAGGAGGAAGAGGGCGAGGAGGAGGAGGAGGGGUGGUUCGAGGACACUGCGAUGCACUCCGCGCGGCACGCGCAGCGUGUGCCGUCGGCCUCCUCGCGGCGGGCGUCUGUGUCGUCGACGGCAGCGUCCAAAGUCCCAGCGGCCGCCGAGCGCAUUCUCAGCGACGCGGACUUCGAGCGCAUACGUCGGCUGCAGGCGCAGAAUGGCAGUCACCGUUCACUGCGCGGAAAGCUGCGGGAGCACGAGGCACGGGCGAAGAAGCGGCACGAACUCAUUCAUGGGGUCUCGGCGGACCUCUCCUCGCACGACAUUGAGCACUUUACGCAGAAGCGGAGGGAGGAGGACCGAGAGGAGAAAAUCGCACGCGCGCAGGAGGCACGGCGCGCCUCCUCCAAGUUCGAGGCCCGCAAGAAGAAGAAGAGCAAGCUCAACUCCACGCACGCAGAACACGCAAAGCGAGGAAAGCUGUUUAACAUGACAAAGCGGUCACGGCGCGUGGGGGCGAAACUGAAGCAGUCCACCACCGAGCGGUCAAACCGCGGCAAGGAGAACAAGAAGAAGGACGUCAAAUUCCGCAUCCGUCGCGGGUGGAAGGCGUGA